AUGCAACUUCGUGGUGUGUUUCGUGCAGCCAAGUUGCCCAACGGACAACGCGCCAUUGGCACAAAAUGGGUGUUCAAGAUCAAGCGCAAGGCGGAUGGGUCAAUCGAGAAGUACAAGGCACGACUUGUGGCCAAGGGUUUCCGCCAAAAGUAUGGCAUCGACUACACCGAGACAUUUUCGCCUGUGGUCAAGUAUGUGACGCUGCGAAUGGUGAUCGCAAUUUCCAAGCAUUUUGGAUGGCCCAUCGACCAGCUUGAUGUGGUGACAGCUUUCCUGUAUGGCGUCAUGAAGGAACAAGUGUUCUGCGUGAUUCCUGAAGGCGUCGAACUUGACAGUACGUUCGACUGCCUGGAAUUGGUGAAGUCAAUUUACGGCCUCAAGCAAGCGUCGCGAGUGUGGAACGAGACGUUCGACGAGUAUGUGUGCUCCAUCGGAUUUCAAGUAUCGGACUUCGACCCAUGUCUCUACAUCAAGACUUCGGACGGCCAUUGCGUGUUUAUACUGGUCUACGUGGACGACGUCUUGGUGACUGGAAGCUCACUCGAGCUGAUUGCACAAACCAAGAACGACCUGAAGACGCGGUUCGAAAUGACGGACAGCGGCAAGUGUGCGUUUGUUCUUGGGAUCGAGCUUUUGGACGGUGAAGAUGGCAGUGUGACACUAUGUCAGCGUCGGUAUGUCGAUGAUAUCCUCAAGCGCUUUGGCAUGGAUGAUUGCAAGGCAGUCGCAAGUCCAGUCGACAUGAGCUCUCGACUUGUUUCAAGUGAUGCAACUACCAAGGUCGAUGCUCCUUUUCGCGAAGCUGUUGGUGCGUUGAUGCACCUGACCACUGCAACGCGUCCGGACACUGCGUUUGCUGUGGGCUAUGUGUCGCGGUUCAUGGAAAAUCCCCAAGAAGAACACUGGGUUGCAGUUAAGCGUAUCUUUCGCUACCUACAAGGCACCAAGACGCAUGGAAUUUGCUACAAGCCAAGUGCAAGGAUCGACUUCCGUGGAUAUUCGGAUGCGGAUUGGGCUGGUGAUCUUACCGACCGCAAGUCAACAUCGGGGUACACGUUCAUGCUACUCGGUGCGCCAGUCAGUUGGGGCAGCAAGAAGCAGCCAAGUGUUUCGUUGUCCACGAGUGAAGCCGAAUACAUCGCACUCAGCUUGGCGAUUCAAGAGGGCAAGUGGAUUCAUCGUCUGCUUUGUGAGAUCGUGAUGGCUGCCAAUGAAGAAGGACCGGAACUCAUGAUCCAUGAAGACAAUCAGUCGUGUAUCAAGAUGACGAAGAACCCAGUCAACCACGGCCGUGCCAAGCACAUUGAUAUCAAGUACCAUCACAUCCGUGAUGAGGUCAAGCGCGGUGAAGUGAAGCUCAAGUACUGUGAAACUGCGGUGAUGUUAGCGGACAUCAUGACGAAGGGACUUCACGGGCCACGCCACAAGGAGAUGACGGCGACUCUCGGGAUUCGUGAGCAUUCGGAUUGA